AUGGAGCUCGACUCUACAAUGAGUUAUUUCGGGGACAAGCUCCAGGUCAGCUUGGAGAAUGCCGGGCUCUUUGUCGUCAUGGAGCUGGUGCAGGCCCCCAGCGUCGGAGAGAUCGAUCGCGCGGGCUUCGUCAAGGGAUGGACGGCUGUACGAUGUGACACAAUCUCAUCACAAGCCGACCUCCUGAAACACCGUAUCUCCCAACUAUCGACCGAUAUGGCUCUCUUCAAGAAGGUGUACAGGCACGCCUUCGUGGCGGGGCGUGAGAGAGAUCAAAAGGCCCUGAGCCUCGAGAAUGCCCUGGUAUACUGGGGUAUGCUGUUCACCGAGCCUGGGUGGCGGUGGGAGAGCCAGAACCAUAACUGGCUGGACUACUGGAAGGAUUAUCUCUCGGAGAAGUGGACCCGUACCGUUAGUAGGGAUAUGUGGAACAUGGUUCUCGAGUUCGCCUUUAAGAGUGUCGAGGAUGAGACACUCUCGUUCUGGAGUGAGGAUGGGGCUUGGCCCAGCGUCAUUGACGACUUUGUCGACUGGUGCAAGAAGAAGGGCAUCACCAAGACUGACUCGAUGGAGAUUGAUGCGAGCAGCUGA